UACGUAUAAAAAAAUUAAGAUGACCAGAAUUGUGAUCGCACUGGCUCUGCUGGUGGCGAGCUCUGUCGACGGCCAGAUGACAGCUCAGUCCAGUGUCGCCCCUGACCUGAGGGAGUGCUACACCAACACCACCCUGCUCAACAGAAACAACCUACCUCCUACCACCAUGGCUGUGCUUAUAGAUAUCAUCCGGAAGAUCGAAGACAACCCUAAUGUUAACGUAGAUUUAAGACAACUAGCUGUUUUGCUACUGCACACGUUUAGACAGGAUGGUAUAGAGUACCAUCAGCCAGAGAUGAACAUGGGUACAUCUUCCAACAUCCUACCAUACGCGCCAACUUUCCACGCCUUUCACCGGCACAGGCUGUUGGUAUCGAGAAUCAUACCAAACAAUUUGCAAGUAGCCACUCUGAGCAACACUAUAAAUUCGGAACUGAAGUGUGCCUUGCACCACAUGCUGUCUACCACAGUGGACGCCCGGCUUCGAGGUGACGAGAGCAGCUGCAACCAGCUGUCCCAGUACCGUGCGCUCAGAACCGCGCGGGAUUUAAGACACCGUCUCAUGAAGGACGACGUCGAGAUUUUGGAUUUGAAAACUUUAAAUCCAGCAAACACUAACGGUCAAAUGCGCCAAUGGAAUCCCAAAGAUGAUGUUGAGUUCUCGAAUAUAAACGGAGUGCAAUCUGAGAAACAAUUGCUAGGGGACAGCACUUGCCCAUUACUUGAUGGUGUGGCAUAUACCAAAUGGGGUGCAGUUUCCGCCGGCAACGUCAUAGCGGGUAUUGCAGCGGGCGCGCAACUGCAAAACGUACCCAUUUUGGAGCUGGUCAAAGGUUCAGUCCUGAACAAUCCGAAUGUUCAGCAGUAUGUCACUUCAAUUUAUCCAGCUACUUUAACAGGAGAUUUGGCUGAGGCUAUACUAAUACAGGGGACGCAACGAGCCAAUUCAGCCAUCCAAAUCGGUGCAGCAGGAAACUGGAACUCUACUCAGGCUCCAAGAUACUUCAUGCUACACAGUCGGACCAAUGUGGAAAUGACUGAUCCAGAAAUUAGGGGGGACAUCGAUGGAUUCGUUCUGGGCAGUCUCCUGUCAUCGGGAUUUGACUCGAACCAAUUGAAGUUAUCUCAACUCUUAGACAUGUACUAUUCGCCAAGGAAUGGCGUUAAUGAUCCGUCUAGAAGAGCCUGCAAUCGUCGACAGCUUAGCCAACAAUACAUAAUCAACACAAACCUGGUCACUGAGACAUACGCGUUUGCCACAGCUCUGGACACAAACAUACCUCUCCCUGGAACUAUAAUGGGAGGACUUGAAGAGCUAUCCAACAACGCUGUGAGCAAUUUCCAAUCUUACACCUCUAGCAAUCUGAAUGACAUGAAUUGCUUUAACACGGAGACAUCAACAUCCGAUUUCCGUCUGAAGACCAACCUCUACCUGGUGGUAGACGCUACAUGGCAGUAUCAGACCAUUUACCCAGCUAUUUCAUACUUGCUCGAUAACAUUGAAGUUGGAAAGUUUGGAUCAAGUGUGACCCUACUUAAUGCUUUUGAUGGAGGAGUUGUGGUGGAGAAAACAUUUUCUCUAGCUCACUUCCACGCGGAGUACACUUUGACUAAGCAUCAAUCGAUGUUCACUGGCGUUAAUCUUGAAAACACGCUUGGCAAUAUACGUUUAAUGAUGCAGAGUGAGUUAGAAAAUGAGAAAACCGCAAAUUAUGUGGGAGGCAAUUCAACUGUGUUGCUGUUCUUAAUUUCUAGCAGCUUACAGAACAGUCAGACGAUUUGGGAGCAGGCUCGAAUGCUAAAUGAAACUGUUCCAGAUAUGAGAAUACUUUUUGCAACGGCAACUAACCAAUUCGAUAACUUGUGGAAUCUAGUUCGUGAUAUGCACAACGAUAUCAAAACUAUUUCUCUUUCAUCCGAUGGCAGAAAUGUGGAUCUUGCUAUGAAUCCAGUUCUUGAACGAAUUAAUGAAGUCGGCAGAAGAAUUAUAAAUCCAAACUGUGGCUCGACAUACUCCAAUGAACAGACCUCGGGUACUCGUCAAUUCGACGACUAUGUUGAGCCCGGGUACACCAACUACUAUGCCAUCAGCCCCAACUACUUCUAUGGCAAUAACGACAACAGAAAGGUCCGCAUAUCCAGGUCGAUGGCAGGCGUUGGUAGUUUGAUAGUCUGCCAGUCUCGAGUUUUCGCUCAGCCAAGACAAAACCCUCUCUCAGACAUUAGCCAGGACUCCAAUGAUGUGAUCUGUCAGACGAUAGCCACCACUGGCAACGUGGAGAUCAACAUGCAGGGCGCUUGCGACGGCCGCUGGACCAUUGGCUCCUGCCCACCCUUCUACAUCUCCGUUCACUCCAAUGUGCCUAAUGGCACAAACACUUUUAGCACAUUCUGCACUGAAAACGCUUGCAGAUUCCCAUACAAUAUGAGAUACCAAGUGCAAAUUGAAGAGUUCGGAUGUUUCAGUAGUGCAACAAACAUUGGCACCAGUAUGGGCUUGAUUUUGGUCUCGGCAUUCGUAUAUCUUUUAAGAUUGUAGAGUAUUGCAUUUUUUAAUCCCACCAGUUAUAUAAUAAGAAUUUAAUAUUUUAGGGUUUCUCUAUUUAAGAUUUAAGAAUUUUUAUUUUCUAAAGUAUUGUCGUAUGUCGCAGUCAUCUGGUUGAAUCUGCGAUUGCAUUGAAUGACUACCUAAUCAACGACUUGUAGAGCUGUUGUUGCACGACUUGUUGAGUUGGCCUUCCAUGCUAGUCACUCAGUCAAAUAGCAGAUUCAGUCAGAUUCCGAACUAGAUUUACUCCGACUAUACUUCAUUAUACGCCUAUGUUUAGUCACUUUAUUAGAAAAAGUUACCUCUCGACUCUCGAGAGCUGCUUUGGAAAAUAAUUAAGUACUAUUAAUAUACACCCGCAAACUAUAUUUUUUAUAUUAUACUCGUAUGUACUUAUAAUUAUUAUGGUUUUGCUAUUUAAACACCGUAAUCACUGAUAUGUCAGAUGCCCAAAGAAGUAAAUAUGUAAAAAAUAGGUACUUAACGCUAGAA